AUGUGUUAUCAAACAAAAACCGUGCUUGGCUUUAAGCCUCAAGAUCUAUUGAUCUUCACCAGCUUGUUUAUGAUCUUUGGCAUGUUCAUUACAAAUCAUGCAUGCAACCAAGCAGAUCGCAACUCUCUCAUGAUGUCCUUACCCUUCAGUAGUACGUCUUCUCCUUCUGUAAAUUGGUCUUCCAGUACUGAUUGUUGCCACUGGGAAGGUAUUUCUUGUGAUGCUAACCAUCAGGUCACCCAUAUUUGGUUACCUUUUAAAGGCCUCACAGGGAGUGUAUCUCCCUCUCUUGGAAACCUCUUACAUCUCUCUCACCUAAAUCUCUCCCACAAUUCACUUUCAGGUCCUCUCCCUGAUGAGUUCUUUUCAUCCUUGAAUCAACUCAUGAUUCUAGAUUUGAGCUUCAACUAUCUAGCUGGAGAUAUAUCUUUAUUAUUUUCAUCUAAUGAAUCAUCUAUGGGCUGGCCUGCUUCCAUUCAAAUAAUCGACUUGUCUAGCAAUUACUUCAAUGGGACAAUCCAGUCCUCAUUCCUCCAACGAUCAUGGAACUUGACCAAGCUCAAUGUAAGUAAUAACAAUUUCCGAGGCCCUAUUCCUUCCUUUCUUUGCAUCAAUUCUCCAUUUGUUAGGCUCCUUGAUUUCUCUUCCAAUUAUCAUGGAGGUCAAGUUCCUAAAGGAUUAAGUGCAUGUUCCAAAUUAGAGGUUUUCCGGGCAGGUUUUAAAUCUCUCUCAGGAUUGCUUCCUAAUGACAUAUAUCAUGCUACAGCAUUGGAAGAAAUCUCUUUACAUUCCAAUAAUCUCUCAGGACCCAUUAGUGAUGACAUUGCAAACCUAACCAAACUCACCAACCUUGAUUUGUAUGAAAAUCACUUGAGUGGCAAGCUACCUCUGAAUAUUGGGAAGCUUUCCAACUUAAAGUACUUGCUCCUUCAUACAAACUCCUUGACAGGUUCUUUGCCCCCAACGUUGAUGAAUUGCACAAAUCUGAUCGAGUUGAUUUUACGAAUCAAUUUGUUUGAAGGAAAUAUCUCUACACUUGAUUUCUCUGGUCUUCAACAACUUACUAAACUCGACCUGGGGUAUAAUGCCCUCACUGGUAGCAUUCCAAUAAGCAUUCACUCAUGCAAGUCCCUAAGAGUAGUUCGUUUUGCCCUGAACCAACUAGACGGACAAAUCCCACCAGAGGUGGCUCAGUUGAGAUUUUUGACUUUCUUCUCAAUUACAGGCAACAAGGUAACUAAUAUCACUGGGGCAAUCAAGAUUCUUAUGCGUUGCUUGAUUCUCGAAACUGUGCUCAUUGGAGAAAAUUGUCAGUACGAAACAAUGCCAACGGAUGAUGACAUAAUUGCUUUUAAUGGAUUCCAAAAUCUUAAGUUCUUGGAUAUAAGUGGAUGCCAACUGACUGGUCAGUUGCCCAUAUGGCUAUCUAAGCUUAAGAAGCUGAAGAUCUUAAGCCUAAAUGCCAAUUCUAUCACAGGUUCAAUUCCAAGUUGGUUGUCGACCCUUCCAAGAAUUAUCUAUCUAGACAUGUCGGACAACCUCAUUUCAGGUGAGUUUCCAAAGGAACUUAAUGCAUUUCCAGCAUUAGCAUCAAUGCAAGCUCUGGAGGACAAUAGUUCCUUGCUUUUACCAGUUUAUAACGUAUUCAAUCGUACAGUUUUCCAAUACAAUUCUCUCUCCUACUGGAGCCCAACAAUAUAUAUGAAAAACAAUAGUCUUAGCGGCAACAUUCCAACUGAGAUUGGUCGUUUGAAGAUGCUUCGUUCAGUGGAUCUUAGCCAGAACAGUUUCUCAGGCCAUAUUCCAGACCAAAUAUCAGAGCUUAUGGACUUGGAAACAUUGGACCUCUCUGCAAAUCACUUGUCUGGUGAAAUACCUACGUCACUUGCUCAUUUGCAUUUCUUGCGCAGGUUUAGUGUAGCACACAAUAAUCUCCAUGGACCAAUCCCUUCAGGCACACAACUACAAAGCUUUGAUGCCUCUGCAUAUGAGGGCAAUUAUGGACUUUGCGGUGCCCCACUUCCGGAGUGUGGCCAUGUGACUAAUGGCAGCAGUAUUGAUAAGGACAUUCAGGAUGAGGAAAAUGGACACACAAUCCCAUGGUUUCAUAUAACUGUGGUGCUUGGCUUCAUUACUGGAUUUUGGGCGGUUUGUGGCCCGUUGGCUUUUAGCCCUAAUUGGAGAAUUGCUUAUUUUCGAUUUCUUAACGACUUAAAAGAUCGACUCUAUGUAACUCUAGCCGUAUGUUUAGCCAGAUUGAAGGGAAGGCUAUAA